UUCAAUUCCUUCUCUACCUUCCAUCCAUGGCUAUCUUCACCUAUGCUUCAUACAAUAAUCAAACCAAGAACACCUCAUUUUCCAUGUUAAUCAUAAUUUUCACUUUGUUCUAUGCGUUUUUCAAUCCUGCACACUCAAUUUCCUUUAACUUCACUAGCUUCCAAUCAAACCUAUAUCUAAUAAAAUUCCAAGGUGAUGCAUUUUCCUCAAACAAUGUUCUUCAGCUAACAAAAAACCAACUUGAUGGCCCUAUCACAAGAAGCGUCGGCCGCGCUUCGUUUGAUCAACCUUUGAAGCUUUAUGAUAAAGAAACAAAAGAGCUCACUGAUUUCACAACACAUUUCACCUUUAUUAUGAGAGCUGUUAAUUUAUCGCUGUUUGGUGACGGUCUAUCGUUCUUCAUGGCUCCGUUUCAAUCAGAUAUCCCAGAGAAUUCAGCAGGUGGUUACCUUGGUUUAUUCAGUAAGGAAUCUGCACUCAAUACUAGCAAAAACCAAAUAGUAGCUGUUGAAUUUGAUAGUUAUAGGAAUGAUUGGGAUCCAAAUUCUGAUCAUGUUGGAAUCAAUGUUAAUUCGAUUCAAUCGGUUCAAAAUGUUUCUUGGAAGAGUAGCAUAAAAACCGGUGCGGUUGCGAAUGCUUGGAUAUCAUAUAACUCAACUACAAAAAACCUUUCUGUUUUUCUUACUUAUGUUAAUAAUCCAACUUUUCAUGAAAACUCUACUCUUUCAUAUAAUAUUGAUUUGAGUGAAGUUUUGCCAGAAUAUGUUAGGAUUGGUUUUUCUGCUGCUACAGGUCAAUGGAUUGAAAUACACAACAUUCUAACUUGGUCUUUCAAUUCAAGUUUGAAAAGUGGUAAUGGAAAAAACAUCAAGGUUGGUUUAGGAGUUGGUUUAAGUGUUGGUUUUGGUUCUUUAACUUGUUUGGUAGGUUUGUUAUGGUUCACUUUUUGGAGAAAAAGAAAAGUGAUAAAUAAGGGAGAAAGGGACAAUAAUAGAGAUUUUGACGCUUCUAUCGAUGAAGAUGAAUUCGAGAGAGGAACUGGUCCAAAAAGGUUCACUUACAAAGAACUAAGCAAUUCAACAAAUGGUUUCGAUGAAAAAGGAAAGCUUGGAGAAGGUGGAUUUGGAGGUGUUUACAAAGGUUUACUUGAAAAAAACAACAAAUUAGAAGUGGCUGUGAAGAGGGUUUCAAAAGGGUCAAGACAAGGGAAAAAGGAAUACAUAUCAGAAGUAAGAAUAAUAAGCAAGCUAAGACAUAGAAAUUUGGUUCAACUCUUAGGUUGGUGUCAUGAAAAAAGUGAGCUUUUACUUGUUUAUGAAUACAUGCCUAAUGGAAGUCUUGAUUAUCAUCUAUUUGGUAAAGGGGUGAUGCUUACUUGGAGUGUAAGGUACAAAAUAGCAUUAGGUAUAGCAUCAUCUCUUCUUUAUUUACAUGAAGAGUGGGAACAAUGUGUAGUGCAUAGAGAUAUUAAGUCAAGUAAUGUAAUGUUAGAUGCAAAUUUCAAUGCUAAACUUGGUGAUUUUGGUCUUGCAAGACUAGUAGAUCAUGAACUUGGUUCUCAAACAACUGUUUUGGCAGGCACAAUGGGAUACUUAGCACCUGAAUGUGUUACAACAGGGAAAUCAAGUAAAGAAUCUGAUGUUUAUAGUUUUGGUGUUGUUGCACUUGAAAUCACAUGUGGUAGAAGAUCUAUUGAGUCAAAUGAAGAGGCUAAGAAAAUUAGGCUUGUGGAAUGGGUUUGGGAGUUAUAUGGAAAAGGUGAAUUAUUUGAAGGAGUUGAUAGAGGAUUAAAUUUGGAAUUUGAUGAAAGGAAAAUGGAAUGCUUGAUGGUAGUAGGGUUAUGGUGUUGUCAUCCAGAUUUUACUAUGAGGCCUUCUAUAAGACAAGUGAUUAAUGUUUUGAAUUUUGAAGCUCCUUUGCCAAGUCUUCCUUCAAAAUUGCCAGUGCCUAUGUACUUUGCACCUCCUAUGGAAAUGUGUAGAUUUUCAUAUACUUCAGAUGGUCUUACAAACACAACAAAAGGAUCCUCUACUUAUUCAUCAAUUUCAGCAGGAUCUAGAAAAUCUCUAUUGUAGGAAUGAAGUUUUAAUUUUUAAUUUUUUUUAUGUAAGUGUGUAUUUGGCUUGUGAUGUAGCAAAAUAAAGUUUGAAGUUGAACUCAUCCAUUUUAUGUAAAUUACUUAAAUUCUUUAUAAUUAGGUCAAUCUUUAUAGCUUUGUUUGCCAA